CUGAUCUGCACCUGAAAAUGAAGAUAAGGCUAUUACUGGCCACUGCUGCCCUUCUAACUAUACUACUCAGUUCAGUGGAGGCUCAAGUGGAGCCCCCCUCAGACUUGAAAUUUAAAAUAAUAAAUGAAAACACAGUGCAAAUGUCAUGGAGGAGGCCUUCAUCACAGAUAGAGGGCUACAGAAUACAAGUAGUAUCAGAUUCAGAUGACGAAAAAGAUUUUACUCUCCCUGCUUCAACUACAAGCACAUCCCUUACAGACCUGACCCCUGAUUUAGACUACUCUGUGUCAAUCAACUCCUUCUAUGGCUCAGAGGAGAGUAUACCCAUAUUUGGCCAGUUGACUAUUCAGUCCAGUAACACGAGUGGAACAGAGAAGAAACCAACAAUUUCAGAUGCUGUCAAGUGCUCUGUGAGUGCUAUAGCAGAUCUGGUCUUCCUCGUGGAUGGCUCCUGGAGUGUGGGAAGGGAAAACUUUAAGUUCAUCCGGAAUUUUAUUGGUGCCAUGGCUGGAGCUUUUGACAUUGGAGAGGACAAGACCAGGGUUGGUGUGGUGCAGUACAGCACAGACACACGCACAGAGUUUAACCUGAAUCAAUACUAUAGACGUACAGACCUCCUCAAAGCCAUCAGAAAUCUGCCCUACAAAGGCGGCAACACCAUGACAGGUGAUGCUAUGGACUAUCUGGUUAAAAACACAUUCACUGAGGCAUCUGGAGCCAGAAAAGGUUUCCCAAAAGUGGCCAUGAUCAUCACGGAUGGGAAAUCCCAAGAUCCUGUGGAUGAGUAUGCCAAAAGGCUGAGAAACAUCGGAGUGGAGAUUUUUGUCCUGGGUAUUAAAGGUGCAGAUGAGGAGGAGUUAAGAGAAAUAGCUUCUACCCCACACAACUCACAUAUUUAUAAUGUUCCAAACUUCAACAUGAUUAAGAAUGUGCAGCGUCAGCUGAUCAAUGAGGUGUGCUCUGGUGUGGAGGACCAGCUCAGUUCGCUUGUGAGUGGAGAAGAAGUUGUCGAGCCAGCUUCAAAUCUCCAAGUCACAGAGAUUUCCUCCAAAUCCAUGAGAGUAACGUGGGAUGCAUCCCUGGGAGAGGUCACAGGCUACAAGCUGCAGCUGAUUCCUAUGCUCGCAGGCAGUAAGAGACAGGAGCUGUACACAGGCCCGACCCAUACCUCUGUGAAUGUUCGAGACCUUUCCCCAGAGACUGAGUAUGAGAUCAGCCUGUUUGCCUUGAAAGGCCUGACUCCCAGUGAACCUGUUAUGGCCAUGGAGAAAACACAGCCAGUUAAAGUAUCAUUAGAUUGUUCUCUGGGGGUGGACAUACAGGCAGAUCUUGUCCUCCUGGUAGAUGGCUCCUACAGCAUAGGACUGGCAAACUUUGCUAAAGUGAGAUCUUUUCUGGAAGUGCUAGUAAAUUCCUUCGACAUUGGUCCCAACAAAGUGCAGAUCAGCUUGGUGCAGUACAGUAGAGAUCCCCACACUGAGUUUGCCCUCAACAAGCACCACGAUAUUUCUGCCGUGAUCAAGGCUGUCAGGACAUUCCCCUACCGUGGAGGCUCUACUAACACCGGCAAAGCUAUGACAUAUGUAAGAGAGAAGAUUUUUGUACCAUCCCGCGGAGCACGUAGCAAUGUGCCCCGAGUUAUGGUGCUCAUUACUGAUGGCAAGUCUUCAGACUCUUUCAAAGACCCCGCAACCAAUCUGAGGAAUGCUGAUGUGGAAAUCUUUGCUGUGGGUGUCAAGGACGCAGUGCGCUCAGAGUUGGAGGCCAUUGCAAACCCUCCUGCAGAUACCCAUGUCUUUGAGGUGGAGGACUUUGAUGCCUUUGAGAGGAUCUCUAAGGAGCUCACCCAGUCCAUUUGCCUGAGGAUUGAACAGGAACUGCUCAACAUCAAAAAGAGAAGUUUGCUCCCACCAAAAUCCCUUACGUUUUCUGAGGUGACAUCUAGGAGCUUCAGGGCACACUGGGUCUCAGAUGCCGAGGAUGUCUUGUCCUUCUUGGUCCGUUUCCGACCCUCUGCAGAUAUAACUGGUGACUACAUCUCACUGGCAGUACCAGCUGAUACCACCACAGCAAUUUUGCCUCAUCUCACUCCACUAACCACAUAUGAAGUCAAUGUCAUUGCCCAGUAUGAGAGAGGAGACAGCUUUCCUUUAACUGGAGAGGAGACCACUUUAGAAGAGCAAGGACCAGUCCGCAAUCUCUACGUGUCAGAAGAGACAACCAACAGUUUCAGGGUUACAUGGCGAGCUGCUCCAGGUUCAGUGGUGAGGUACAGAUUGUUCUACAUUCCUGUCAGUGGUGGAGAAAAAUUGGAGGCAGAGACACCAGGAAGCCAGACCACAGUUGUCCUCCAGGAGCUGCUUCCUCUCACCACCUACCGUGUUGAAGUGCUGGCUGAGUAUGUGACUGGCAUGGGGCCUGCAAUGGAGACGGAAGGCACUACUAAAGAAGUCAGGGGAAUGCCACGUGACCUGAGGGUCUUUGACGAGACAGUCUCCAGUAUGAAGCUGUCUUGGCAGGCUGCCCCAGGGAAUGUUCUUCAGUAUCGAGUGGCCUUCAAACCCACUGAGGGUGGAGAGAGGAAGGAGAUUUCUGUUAAAGGGGAUAACACAGCUGCUUUACUUAAGAACCUUCAGCCUGCCACGGAAUAUGAGAUUUUUGUUAGUGCCCGCUACACCUCUGGCCUUGGAGAUCCACUCUUGGGAAAAGGCACAACAUUGGAAGAAAUUGGCUCUCCUAAAAAUCUGGUGACUAAGGAUGUGACUGAGUCCAGCUUUGCUGUGCUGUGGACUGCUGCACCUGGCAAUGUUCGUUUGUACCGGGUUACCUGGAAAUCCCUGUUCACCGAUGAGACGGGAGAAAAAACUGUCCCGGGUGACGUUACCAGCACUGUACUGGAUGGGCUGACCCCUGAGACUCGGUACCUAGUUUCUGUUUAUGCAGCCUACGGCCAUGGAGAGGGGGAGCCACUGGUGGGAGAGGAGACCACAGAUGUGUCAGCAGAUGCCAAACUGGUAACUGUUUCUGAGGAAACAGAGAGGACCAUGAGGGUGACAUGGAAACCAGCUCCAGGCAAUGUGGUCAACUACAGGGUAACAUACAAGCCUAAGGAGGGAGGGCGUCAGCUAGCUUCCAAAGCGCCAGGCAGCACCACCACCAUCGUUCUGAGGAAGCUUCAGCCCAUUACCACAUAUGACAUUGCUGUGGUACCUGUUUAUGGGCAUGGAGAUGGAAAAGCAAGGCAAGGAGAGGGAACCACAUUGUCACCAUUCAAAAGCCCCAGAAACCUGCAAACAUCUGAACCCACUAAAACCAGUUUCAGAGUGACAUGGGACCCUGCACCUGGUAAAGUGAUGGGUUACAAGGUGACCUAUCACCCGACAGAGGAUCAGAUUGACCUGGGCGAGCUGGUAGUUGGGCCUUUUGACAAUACUGUAGUUCUGGAAGAACUCAGGGCAGGCACUAAAUACAGUGUGAAUGUAUUUGGCAUGUUUGAGGGAGGAGAGAGUUUGCCUUUGGCUGGAGAGGAGAGGACCACUGUUUUUGAUGUAACAGACUCCACACCCAUUAGCCAUCCAGAUGUGACCUGUAAGACCACAGCUCAGGCUGAUAUCGUCCUGCUGGUGGAUGGAUCUUGGAGUAUUGGCCGUCUGAAUUUUAAGACUAUCAGGGCCUUCAUUGCCCGUAUGGUGGGAGUCUUUGAUAUUGGACCCGACCGUGUCCAGAUUGGCCUGGCACAGUACAGCGGAGACCCAAAAACUGAAUGGCACCUGAAUGCCCAUAAAACACGAGAAUCCUUAUUGGAGGCUGUAGCCAAUCUGCCUUACAAAGGAGGAAACACACUAACAGGCCUCGCUUUGAACUACAUCCUUCAGAACAAUUUCAAAGCCAACGUUGGGAUGCGGCCAAACUCACGGAAAAUUGGCGUGUUGAUCACUGAUGGCAAAUCACAAGAUGACGUCAUUGAAAACUCUGAGAAUCUCCGUAUUCAGGGCAUAGAGCUCUACGCCAUUGGUGUGAAGAAUGCAGAUGAGGCUGAACUGAGGUCCAUUGCCACUGACCCUGAUGAAACACACAUGUACAAUGUCGCUGACUUCUCCUUCCUGCUCCAGAUUGUGGAUGACCUGACUGAUAACCUCUGUAACAGUGUGAAGGGCCCAGGGGGUGGUCCAGAAGCACCAACUGAUCUUGUGACCUCUGAGGUAACCCACUACUCUUUCCGAGCCACCUGGACCGGCCCCGAGGGCCCAGUGGAGAAGUACCGUGUUGAGUAUGUAACCUUAGCAGGAGGACAACCUCAACAGCUGUUUGUGGAUGGCACAGUGAAUACAAUUGUUCUGGAGGGUCUGAAUCCCCUGACGGAGUACAUUGUGAACGUUUAUUCUGUGGUUGGCGAGGAAAGCAGUGAGCCACUGAAAGGCACAGAGACUACAUUGCCUCUCAGUGCUGUGCGGAGUAUGACCAUCUACAACGUGCGUUCUACCACCAUGAGGGUGAGGUGGGUAGCAGCAGAAGGAGCUACAGGCUACAUGCUGCUCUACAGUGCUCUCAACGCCACUUCACCAUCCACAGAGAAAGAGAUGCGUGUCAGAGGAGAUGUCACGGAUGUCCAGCUUAGGCAGCUCCUUCCUAAAACUGCCUACACCCUCUCCAUCUUUGCUCUGCAUGGAGAUGCAGCCAGUGACCCUCUCACCGACCAGGCGGUGACCCUGCCACUUCCUCCAGCUGGUGAACUCAGGAUCACUGAUGUCACUCACAGCACCAUGCUGCUGAACUGGGAUGAGGCACCAGGCGCAGUUCGAAAAUACAUUAUCACCUACAAACCUGAGGAUGGAGAGAUUAAAGAGCUUGAAGUAGGAGGAGAUGUGACCACCAAACAGCUUGAUAACCUUAUCUCUCAGACUGAGUAUGAUGUUACUGUCACUCCAGUGUAUGACUCUGGAACUGCUAAUGCCAUGACAAACCAGGCCAUCACAGGUGUUGUUCCAGCUCCUAAGAACCUGAGGUUCUCUGAGGUAACUCAGACUAGUUUCAGAGCCACCUGGGAACAUGGAGCUCCUGAUGUGGCUCUGUACCGUAUCGGCUGGACCAAGAAAGGAGAUGAUAAUAUACAAUAUGACAUCUUAAGCAGUGAGGACACCACCAGUUUGUUACAGAAUCUUGAGCCAGACACCAUGUACGAUGUGUCUGUCACAGCUAUUUAUCCUGAUGAAUCAGAGAGCGAGGAUCUCAUUGGCAGUCAACGCACACUAUCCAAGAUUAUCACACCUGCUCCUUCUGGACCCCCCAUGAACCUGCAAGUAUUUAAUGCCACAACCACAACCCUCACUGUGAGAUGGGAUCACGCACCUGGUCGCGUCCAGAAUUAUAGGAUCACAUAUGUGCCUGUGGAUGGAGGAAGAACUCAAACGACUCAGGUUGGUGGAAAGAAGAACACAGUUAUUCUGCAGAAGCUAAUACCAGACACACCCUAUUCCAUCACUGUGGCUGCAAUCUAUGCCAGUGGAGAUGCAAAGGACAUAUCUGGUCAAGGAAAGACCAAACCCCUCGGUGGGGUGAGAAACCUUCAGGUCACUGACCCAACCACCAGCACUCUGAACGUGCGGUGGGAUGCUGCGGAGGGCAACGUCCGGCAGUACAGAAUCUAUUAUCAGCCUGCCACUGGAGGUGCUGAGGAUAUGGUCCAGGUCCCAGGCAGCAGCACUAGCACCGUUCUGAAAAACCUGUUGUCUGACACUGUCUACACUGUCACUGUGGUGCCUGUGUACCCACCAGGAGAAGGCAAACGCAUGUCUGAAAAUGGCAAAACAUUGGCUCGAACUCCAGCAAGGAACAUCCAGGUGUACAACCCAACCACUAACACACUGAAUGUACGCUGGGAACAUGCUUCUGGCCCAGUCCAGCAGUACCGAGUUGUUUAUGCUCCUCUUACUGGAACCCGUCCUUCUGAGUCUGUCGUGGUGCCAGGAAACACUAACACAGCCUUCCUAGAACAGCUCAUCCCAGACACUGAAUACUCUGUUGGAGUCGUUGCCCUUUACACUGAUGGAGAAGGUCCAUCGGUGAAUGACAACGGCAAAACACUUCCACGGAGUGGACCCAGAAACCUUCGCGUGUAUGAUCCCACUACCAGUACUCUGACUGUAUUAUGGGAGCAUGCUGAGGGACCUGUGCAACAGUACCGCAUUGGCUAUGCACCCACCACUGGAGACCCCAUUGAAGAGUUUACUACUGUCCCUGGAAACAGGAACAACAUUAUCCUACAGAACCUGCAGCCAGAUACACCAUACAAGAUCAAUGUAGUGGCCAUUUACCCAGAUGGACCUGGGGGAGAGCUGUCUGGAGAUGGACACACUUUGGGAUUGCUAGAGCCACGUAACUUGCGUGUGUCAGACGAAUGGUACACUCGUUUCCGUGUGUCCUGGGACCCGGCACCCGCUAAGGUUGUGGGCUACAAACUGGUCUACACACCUGCAGGCACUGAUAACCCUAUGGAAGUGUUUGUUGGAGACGUGACCACUUACAACCUUCACAACCUGCAACCAGGCACCACCUAUGACCUGAAAGUGUUUGCCCAAUAUGAAGCUGGAAUGAGUGGAGCUCUCACUGGACAGGGAACCACUUUAUUCCUGAAUGUCACUGGUCUCACAACAUACAACGUUGGUUAUGAUUCAUUCUGUAUGAAAUGGACACCUCACAGAGCUGCCACGUCCUACAGGCUCAAAGUCAAUCCAUUUGACCCCUCUAACCUUGGUGCUCAGGAGGUGACUAUAACUGCGGCAGAGAGUCAGUAUUGUUUUGAUGGUCUGUCUCCUGAUGCACUGUACAACGCUACAGUCUACACUCAGACUCCAAAUCUGGAAGGACCAGGAGUGAGCGUCAAGGAGCGCACAUUGGUGAAGCCCACUGAAAUUCCCACAGAACCCCCAACACCUCCUCCUCCCCCAACCAUCCCCCCUGCUCUGGAAGUGUGCAAAGGAGCCAAAGCUGAUUUGGUCUUCCUCAUUGAUGGCUCAUGGAGUAUUGGCGACGAAAGUUUCAGCAAGGUCAUCCAGUUUGUGUUCAGCAUGGUUGGAGCUUUCGAUGUCAUCAGUCCCAAGGGCAUGCAGGUGUCUUUUGUGCAGUACAGUGAUGAUGCCAAGACUGAGUUCAAGUUGAACACAUACCAUGAUAAAGGAAUGGCAUUAUCUGCUCUUCAAAUGGUGCGCUACAGAGGAGGAAACACCAAAACAGGUGCUGCCCUCAAGCAUGUUGGGGAAAAGGUUUUCACCUCAGACAAUGGCAUGAGGAGGAAUGUUCCAAAGGUCCUGGUUGUGGUUACCGAUGGACGUUCUCAAGAUGAGGUUAAGAAGAGUGCUUCUAAGCUGCAGCAUGCAGGCUAUAGUGUGUUUGUGGUUGGAGUGGCAGAUGUGGACAUGACAGAACUGAGGAACAUUGGAAGCAAACCCAGCGAGAGACAUGUCUUUGUUGUUGAUGACUAUGAUGCAUUUGCAAAGAUUCAAGACAACCUCAUCACCUUUAUCUGUGAAACAGCAACAUCAACCUGUCCACUGAUAUACAUCAAUGGAUUCACAUCUCCAGGCUUCAGGAUGCUGGAGGCUUUCAAUAUCACCGAUCGGACCUUCGCAGCAAUGAACGGAGUGUCCAUGGAACCUGGUUCUUUUAACAGUUACAUUGCCUACAGACUCCACAAGAAUGCAUUCCUCUCUCAACCCACAAAGGAAAUACACCCAGAUGGGUUGCCUCCAUCUUACACCAUCAUUCUUCUUUUCCGUCUCCUUCCGGACUCUCCCACUGAUGCUUUCGAUAUCUGGCAGAUAGCUGAUCGCAAUAACAACCCUGAAGUUGGACUGACCAUCAACCCCUCCAGCAGAGUUCUCUCAUUCUAUAAUAAAGACACCAGGGGAGAGAUUCAGAAGGUUACCUUUGACAGUGAUCCAGUGAAGAAGAUCUUUCAUGGAAGCUUCCACAAGCUCCAUAUUUCCAUUUCUCCAAACUCAGUCAAACUGCUCGUGGACUGCCAAGAGGUGGCAGAGAAAGAGAUCAAAGAGGCUAACAACAUCUCUACAGAUGGCUAUGAAGUCCUUGGCAAAAUGGCAAGGUCUGGUGGUUCACAGAGAGAGUCAGCCACAUUCCAGCUCCAGCUGUUUGAUAUUGUUUGCAGCUUAAGUUGGACAAGUCGGGACAAAUGUUGUGACCUGCCAGCUACGAGAGAUGAGGCAAAAUGUCCAGCACUUCCUCACUCCUGCACAUGUACUCAGGAUAGUGUUGGCCCCCAGGGGCCCCCAGGCCCUCCGGGUGGGCCUGGAAUGAAAGGCCCACGCGGUGACAGGGGAGAAUCUGGACCAACGGGUGCAAUGGGACCACGUGGAGAACAGGGUCUUCCAGGCCCAAUGGGGCCACCAGGCCCACAGGGACCUCCUGGACUGUCAAUUCCUGGAGAGCCUGGUCGGGUUGGACCAAAGGGAGACCCUGGUGAUCCGGGGAUGCCUGGAUUAAUCGGAUCCCCUGGUCCUCCUGGACCUCUUGGGCCUGUUGGACUAGCUGGAGCUAGGGGCCCACCAGGGAAAGAAGGACCAUCUGGACCAAGAGGCCCACCAGGACCAAUGGGAAGCCCUGGAGCACCUGGGAUGCCGGGAGUUACUGGACAACCAGGAAAAUCUGGAGAGAAUGGACUGCCAGGAGCAGUUGGUAUGAAAGGAGAAAAGGGUGAGAGGGGAGAUUCUGCUUCGCAAAAUAUGAUGCGUUCCAUAGCCAGACAAGUCUGUGAGCAAGUAAUCAACAGACAAAUGAGCCGGGUUGAUAUGAUGUUGAAUCAGAUCCCUACCGGUUACCGUAGCAACAGUCCCGGUCCUGCUGGACCUCCUGGUUCUCCAGGCCUCCCAGGACCUCCUGGAGAACCUGGCCAAACUGGACGCAAUGGGUUCCCUGGAAAUCCAGGAUUACCUGGACCUCAAGGAGAGAGAGGGUUGCCAGGUGAGAAGGGAGACCGGGGAAACCCUGGCAUUGGCACUCAGGGACAGAGAGGCCCCUCUGGACCGCCAGGACCACCAGGCUUGUCCCAGACUGGUCCUCCAGGUCCAUCAGGCUCUCCUGGAUCUCGUGGCCCUCCAGGACGCCAGGGUAGCCCAGGGGUCAGAGGACCACCAGGCCCCCCUGGGUAUUGUGACUCCUCUCAGUGUGUAGGAAUCCCUUACAAUGGGCAAGGAUACCCAGGCCGCUACCAGCCUGAGCCCGAUACCUUCGUAGUGCCCAUUCCAGAGGAACCUACAGAAGACACUGAGACAGAGAUACAGUCGCCAGGUUAUACACGAAACCUGCGUGGAAAGAGAUCACUACCAAGACAGAAAACUGAAAGAAUAGCAUCACAAUCCUAAAAAAAUGUCUAUAUUUCUUUUAAAGUUUUUUACAUUUUUGAGUCUAUGAAGAGAAAAAGUCUUAAGAGCAAAAUGUAAAACUUUUUAUAUGCUUACUUUAUACUACCAAAACAUAUUCCUCAGCAAGAUCAAGUGGAAAUAAGGCUGAUUUGAAACCUGUGUCCGUGCCAACUGCUCCCCAAAGUGUCUUUGCUUGUAACAUAAGUGCAAUGUGUGUUCCUAAGUCUUAUGUUCAAUACCCUAAUCAUAUGACAAGCAGCAUUCAAAUUUGUUGUUAACAAAACAAUAAGGAUCCAUGUACCAACCCAGGAUAGAAUUCAGGGCAAAUUUCUCGGUUUAGAUUCUUUUGUUGCUGGUCAAUUUUUUGUUGCGCCUUUUGUCUAGUGUUAUCGGUCAGAGCGUCAUCUUCAUUUCCAAACAUAGCUUUUAUAUCUUAAAGGAAAUAUGUAUCUAUUUUAGUAUACAAACUCACAACUGACUUUUACCAGCAGUGGAAUUGCAUGUAUGUGUUGUAUAUUUAGUAAGAACUGUUCAAGAUCAGAAUAUAGUUUUGGUUUUUUGUUUGUUUUUCUAUCUCAAAUGCAGUUGGAAUUUGUUCUGCAGGACAUAGAUUUGCAUCUUUCAUGUUUAAACUGCACAUUGUGAAUUCCACAGCCUUAUUUUCUUAUUUAUUUCUGAAUCAGAAGAGGCAUUUUUCAAUAAAACUACUGAAAACAUUUGA